UCGAAAACACAUCGAAGUUAUAAGCGCCUUGAAAUUAAAGUGAAGUGCGAAUAUUCCUAGCUUGAAAAUGGCAUUGCUACCACUGUUGUUCGACAACUACAUUCGUCCAACUCGUCUUUUGGACCAGCAAUUCGGUUUAUGUUUGGAUCCCGAAGACCUGCUAGCCCCUGUGCUCGAUCCAGGACACAGGUUUGGACAUUUCAGAAGUCCUGUGGGAUAUAUUCGUCCUUGGAGAACAGCUCUUUCUCAGAGAGACGUUGGAUCUACCCUGGCCAUCGACAAAGACACCUUCAAAGCCAACUUGGACGUACAGCAGUUCAAACCAGAAGAGAUAACUGUGAAAGUUACUGGUAAUAACACCAUCACCAUCGAUAGAAAACACGAGGAAAAGCAAGAUGAGCACGGUUUCAUCUCUAGGCAGUUCGUGAGAAGAUAUGUUUUACCAAAAGACUGCGAUAUUAAUAAAAUAGAAUCGAAAUUAUCAUCUGAUGGUGUGCUUACCAUAACUGCGCCUAGGAACAAACCAGAAGAGGCCGAAAAUAAAAGCAUCCCUAUAACACAAACUGGUCAACCGGCGAAGAUCGAACAGAAGAAAGAAGAGAAAGUUGAAAAGAAAGUGUAUGCGAAUAUUCCUAGCUUGAAAAUGGCAUUGCUACCACUGUUGUUCGACAACUACGUUCGUCCAACUCGUCUUUUGGACCAGCAAUUCGGUUUAUGUUUGGAUCCCGAAGACCUGCUAGCCCCUGUGCUCGAUCCAGGACACAGGUUUGGACAUUUCAGAAGUCCUGUGGGAUAUAUUCGUCCUUGGAGAACAGCUCUUUCUCAGAGAGACGUUGGAUCUACCCUGGCCAUCGACAAAGACACCUUCAAAGCCAACUUGGACGUACAGCAGUUCAAACCAGAAGAGAUAACUGUGAAAGUUACUGGUAAUAACACCAUCACCAUCGAAGGAAAACACGAGGAAAAGCAAGAUGAGCACGGUUUCAUCUCUAGGCAGUUCGUGAGAAGAUAUGUUUUACCAAAAGACUGCGAUAUUAAUAAAAUAGAAUCGAAAUUAUCAUCUGAUGGUGUGCUUACUAUAACUGCGCCUAGGAACAAACCAGAAGAGGCCGAAAAUAAAAGCAUCCCUAUAACACAAACUGGUCAACCGGCGAAGAUCGAACAGAAGAAAGAAGAGAGGGUUGAAAAGAAAGUGUAGGAAAUUAUAAUUUUUUUCAAUAUCUUUGUAAGUUUUUCAUUUUGAUGUGAGAGUAAUAUUAAGUUUAUGAGGUUCCAAGUUGUUAAGACUGUUAUAUAAUUUUUAUACAUAUUUGUAAUAAAAUAAAAAUUAAUUUUACAAACAA